GAAAAGACCUGUAACUGCACAACUUCAAGUGGAAGUGUACAAGAUAGAACGCGAAUCACAAGAAGGGAAGAUUUAUAGAGUUGAAAGCAGCAGACGAUAGUUCUAUAAGAAAUUGACUUACAAUAAAGAAGGACUGCUUAGGAUAUUUUCCAGACUUUAAUUCCAAUUUCAGUUAUCUCUUUCUACAGUCACUUUACCAUGGAUCUCAGGCAUAUUGUACUAGCAGUGGCAGCGGUUUGCUCAAUGGCGUCUGCGGCGAGUGUUUCAAAGAGGGCAGAAGAAAAAAUUUGCGGUAAACCAUCAGACAUCAUCUUUGUCAUCGACGCCAGCAGCAGCAUUUGGCCACCACACUUCACAAAGCAGCUCAAAUUCAUCCAAAACGUUGUCGACCAAUUCAACGUCAAGGAUGAUGGUUCAGGGACCCGGAUAGGGGCCGUGGUGUUCAGCAACGCCGAGCUGACCAGGGUAGCGUUUGACCUCAACGACCACUUCGGUAAAGCCGCCUUAAGGAAGGCUAUUGAAGGUAUUAAGCAGAUGGGCGGGAAUACAUACACGGAUACUGCUUUGGAAAUGGUGCGCACGAAGCUGUUGAACAAGGCAGCAGGUGCUCGAAUGCACAGUGAAGUUCCACAAAUCGUGAUCGUGAUGACAGAUGGCGUUUCACAAGACCCGCCCGAGACUGCAAGACAAGCCCAGCUAAUCAAGGAUAUCAAAGGUGUUAAGAUAAUCUCUCUUGGCAUUGGAUUGAAGGUAAACAUGGGUGAAAUAAUGGAUCUUGCCAGUGAACCCAAGGACCACAACGCCUUCACAGUCAACAGUUAUGAUGGGCUGGAAAGCAUCAAAAAGGAACUCGCCAUUGAGGCCUGCCCGGAAGUCCUCCCGCCGUGUGACGUCACCACAAAUUGCGGCAUCAACAAAACUGCUGACGUGGCGUUUGUGUUGGGCGAGACGGUCACGAGGUCUGGGGUGUCGACAGGGAGGGCGCUGGAUUUUGUGAAAAACGUCACCGCAGACAUGCACAUUGGCCCGAACGAAAUUCGAGUUGCUAUGGUUCCGAAGGAGUGCAACACACCCGGGUAUCACUUCAACGAGUAUUCAACUUACGAAUCCAUGGUGGGUCACAUGGACAAAUACAAGAAAAUUGAGCAGACCACAGCUGCGCGUCUCAGAUACAUGACCCGUGAAACCUUCAGCGUCCGAAAUGGCGCACGAGCUGGAGUGAGGAAAAUCGCAGUGGUCAUUGUCGAUGGGAAAUCUGAAAACAGACCUGCAAUCUAUGCUGCUGCUAAGGCCGCCAAACAGGCGGGGGUGGAGCUGAUUGCCAUCGGCGUGGGUGAUAAUAUCGAGCCAAAGGAACUCGGCAUCAUUGCUACGUCACGAAGACACGUGAUCAGGCUGCAGGAUUACUCCCAGUUGAGGGGACAGCUCAGGAGACUCUUCUACAGAGUCGUCUGCAAAGGUGGAGUAGACCCCGACCCUGAUGACAGGUGCGACAAAGAGGAAGAAGAAGAAGAAGACAAUAAUGCACUUCCAUCAGGUUUCAGCAACUUCCGGGGCAACAUUCCGCCAGGAUACCCGUACUAAGACAGGACCAAUCAAUAGCUACUAUCCAAGCUGGGCAGCAAACAUUUACAGCUUAUAACAAUUUAUCUCUAAUAUGAUUAUUAAUGUUGACAUCCAAUGUCCUUAACUGUUUGGUUUAAUAUUUUAUGAUUGUGAUUUUUACACAACCAACUUAUGUGAAGAAUUCUUUAUUGACAUUCAAUAUUUAACACUGAUGUUGUCAUGUACUACUUUUAAUGACAGUUAUUCUAAUGGAUGAACAUUUAUAUGUUUAAUUAUUUUUAUUAUAACUAUUUACUGGACAUUGCUAAUAUUAGGCUGUGACUAUUACUGGAUAACGACUGUCUUAGCUCUGAACUUGAUAAUUCGCAUCUUAAUAAUGAAUUUAUAUAGCUUAGAUUUUGUGCAAUUCAAAUAAUCUGAAUUUGACGAGGCUGAAAUCAUUAAAUAAGCAUCGCCUUAAUUUAAAGUUAUUGUGCAAUAUGAAGCCGUUUAUGAAUUAUUGGACAGCUGAUCUCGACUCUCUGCACGAGACCUUUUUUGUUGCUAUAUGCAGCUGUUUUGAGACAAAAAACUUUCACUUAAGCCAGAUGUUUUUGCACCACUUCCGGUUACCACUUUUAACGUUUUUUUUUUGUCAUAACCAUUGUGCGUUAUAUAUAUUUAUAUAUAACUUUUUUCAAUUAAUAAUUAAAUUUUUAUUAGAAAUGCAUAUGUUUGAUCUGUAUUAUGAUUUUUAAUUCCUACUUUUAAUGAAAAGACCAAAAGUAGUAGACCAAAAUGUUUUCAGGCAUACUUUUUUAAUCGAUUUUUCAUUCCAUUUAUUGUUUUAUAUAUUAAUUCUUAAUCUAUAAUCUUUAAGUAUGAUUAUUAAAAGAAACAGGAAAACCUACCGAUUAAGGUUUGUUUCUUAUAACUGGCUAAUUAGAAGUAUCUAAAUGUAGCUAAUUAUGACAGAAAGAAAAUUUAUAUUCUCCGAUGUGCCUUUUGAUUUGAACUUCAAUUAUUCCUAAUUUCAACAAUUUCAUGUUUUUUUCUACUUUUACUAGUAAGCAUACAAACAAUGUAACAGUGUUAGUUGGCCAACCAAAACUCUAUGAUGCGAUGGUUGGAUUUCAUGAAUAAACACGUAUUUGAUUAGCAAAAAACAUUAA